UGCCCUGUACAGCCCUGAGUUCCAGGCUCCUUCAGGAGCAAGCACAGGCCCCAGGGGUGGCCUGGAAGGUCUCUCGGAAGGCAGCACAGGGUCACAGGGGUCACUGGCAGGGGCACAGGGAGGUCUCGUCACGCUGGGAUUCCAGCCAGGCUGGCCUGAUGCUCCUGGGGGCCCUCAGGGCCCACCCCUCUGCCCUGGCACGCUCUGCUUUCUGGGGAACCCACACUCUGGCUGAGUGGAGCCAUCCCCUCCGGGUGGACAGCACCCAGCAUGGCUCUGCAGCGCCUCCUCCGCGCCUGCGCAGGGCCCGUGGCCCCACUGCUCCUCGUGGUGACUCGCUGGUUAAUGAGAAGCUGUGGGAGGUGCUGCCGGAGGGUGUAUAAAGGUCCUGGCUGUGGCUGGGAGCCCUGGCCCCUGCUUCUGUCUGCCCCAGAGAAGAGCAACUAGAUCGAGGUACUGGCCAUGUCCCAGCUGGUGGAGUGCGUCCCCAACUUCUCGGAGGGGAAGAACCAGGAGGUGAUUGAUGCCAUCUCGGGAGCCAUCGCACAGACCCCGGGCUGCGUGCUGCUGGACGUGGACGCUGGCCCCUCCACCAACCGCACCGUGUACACCUUUGUGGGGCCGCCGGCGUGCGUGGUGGAGGGGGCCCUCAACGCGGCCCGCACUGCCUCCCGGCUCAUCGACAUGAGCAGGCACCGAGGGGAGCACCCCCGCAUGGGGGCCCUGGAUGUCUGCCCCUUCGUCCCCGUGAGGGGCGUCAGCAUGGAUGAGUGUGUGCUCUGUGCCCAGACCUUUGGCCAGCGGCUGGCAGAGGAGCUGGCAGUGCCAGUGUACCUGUAUGGCGAGGCGGCCAGGAUGGACAGUCGCCGGACACUGUCGGCCAUCCGGGCUGGGGAGUAUGAAGCCCUCCCUAAGAAGCUCGAGCAGGCCGAGGGGGCACCUGACUUUGGCCCCAGCUCCUUCGUCCCCAGCUGGGGGGCCACGGUCACGGGGGCCAGGAAGUUCCUCAUUGCUUUCAACAUCAACCUACUCAGCACGAAGGAGCAAGCCCACCGCAUCGCCCUCAACCUUCGGGAGCAGGGCCGUGGGAAGGACCAGCCGGGACUUCUGAAAAAGGUUCAGGGCAUGGGCUGGUACCUGGAUGAGAAGAACCUGGCUCAGGUGUCCACCAACCUCCUGGACUUCGAGGUCACAGCGUUGCACACGGUCUACGAGGAGACCUGCCGAGAGGCGCGGGAGCUGAGCCUCCCAGUGGUGGGCUCACAGCUGGUCGGCCUGGUGCCCCUGAAAGCUCUGCUGGAUGCAGCCGCCUUCUACUGUAAGAAGGAGAACCUCUUCAUCCUGGAGGAGGCGCACCGGAUCAGGCUGGUGGUGAACCGGCUGGGCCUGGACUCCCUGUCCCCCUUCAACCCCAAAGAGCGGAUCAUCGAGUACCUGGUCCCUGACUCCGGGCCUGAGCGCAGCCUGGGCGACAAGUCCCUGCGCGCCUUCGUGGACGAGGUGGGCGCCCGCUCGGCGGCUCCCGGGGGCGGCUCGGUGGCGGCGGCUGCUGCGGCCAUGGGCGCGGCGCUGGGCUCCAUGGUGGGGCUCAUGACCUACGGGCGGCGCCAGUUCCAGCCCCUGGACGCCACGAUGCGGCGCCUGAUCCCGCCCUUCCGCGAGGCCUCGGCCAAGCUGACUGCGCUGGUGGACGCGGACGCCGAGGCCUUCGCCGCCUGCCUGGAAGCAAUGAGGCUGCCCAAGAAUACACCUGAGGAAAAGGACAGGCGCACCGCGGCCCUGCAGGAGGGACUGAGGUGGGCAGUCUCUGUGCCCCUGACGCUGGCGGAGACGGUGGCCUCACUCUGGCCGGCGCUGCAGGAACUGGCCCAGUGUGGGAACCUGGCCUGUCGGUCAGACCUCCAGGUGGCGGCCAAAGCCCUGGAGAUGGGUGUGUUUGGCGCCUAUUUCAACAUGCUCAUCAACCUGAGGGACAUCACGGACGAGGCAUUUAAGGACCAGAUCCACCAUCGCGCCUCCAGCCUCCUGCAGGAAGCCAAGACCCAGGCUGCGCUGGUGCUGGACCGCCUGGAGGCCAGGCAGCAGUGACCUCACGGGAGGCCUCGGGUGUCUGUGGCCCCUCCCCCACCCAUACCCAGAGGGCACAGCUGUGACCUUGGUUGGGACACAGCUUGUCUGUGUGGGCCCUGGAGGAUAGGAGGGUGGGCAGAGGGGCGUCUCCCAGGAAUGGAAGUGCUGGCAGGGACAGGUGACUCCUUAGUCUCAUGUGACCUCCAGUAAACUCUUGGCACCAAACCUGCGUUGUGUGUUU